AUCUUUUUCAUCUGAUCUAUAAUUUGAAGUAUUUUUUCCCCACUUGAUGGGCUCUAUUAAAACGUACUUAUUUUGAAUUUCCUUUUCUAUACAUUCAACUAUUCACUAAUCACAAGAAAUUUUUUUUGGAAGAGAAAAUAAAAAUAAAAUAAAAAUUUUAGAAAAAAAAAAAAAAAGAAGUGGUAGACGUGGAGAAACUCUCAAUCAAAAGAAUUUUUGAAUAGAGAAUACCUACCUAAUAUUGAGAGGUAACGUGUUCACAAAUCCAGAACUGUUAUACAAGCAAUGCUGCGAGCUUCCAAUCUUUAUGUGAAGGCUCGGAUCUUCAGGCGACGCCAUAAAUUAUUGCUCACCGCGUCCUUGAUAGUAACCAUAGUUUUGGUACUAAUUGGAUGCACAAAGGGUCAAUUGAGUGAAGAAUUGACAAGUGGAAUAGAGUCUACUAUCAAUAACCCUGAUCUGGCCUCUUCCUCGGCAUCGUCAUCAUUCUUAGCAGGUCUCUUGGGAACGAUAUUCAUGGCCUUUCAGAAAAAGAAAACCAUCCCAUUUGCAGAAACUGGAGCAGCUCAACAAAAUGAAUUUCAAAGUAUUAUUAAGGCAACUUCAUCCAGUCCAUUAAGAAGUAUGUCAGAUGAAACAAAAUUAAAACUUAUUAUAGAAUCUCAUAAAAGAAUAGAUCCUGAUAAUAAGAAUCUUAAAAAAGGACACAAAUUUUAUGAACAAGUGUUUGAUGUAUUAACCAAGGCAAAACCUAAAAUGGAGAAACCUUUGGAUAAAUAUCUUACUAGAAAUAGAAUUUAUCAUGCACGUUAUCAAUAUUCUCCUGAAGAUGAAGAUAAUGAAGUUGUAUUUUCAGAAAAAUAUUUAUCACAAUUUUUACAAUUGGAUGAUGAAGAAUUAAAAAUAAUGACUGAUUCACAUAAAUAUGUUGUUGAUAAUUUAAAAAAUGAAGCACCUGAUGGUCUUUAUAAAGGGAAUGGGAUUGUUUUCGUUGGUGGAGGGAAAUUCAAUUGGUUAACAUUAUUAUCAAUUAAAUCAAUCAGAGCCAUUGGAUCUGAACUUCCUAUUGAAGUAUUAAUUCCUGAAAUGGAUGAAUAUGAACCAGAUUUAUGUGCUAGAGUCUUCCCAGCAUUGAAGGCAAGAUGUAUUUACUUGCCACAUGUGUUGAGUGAUGGAUAUUCGCCAAUUGCAGAUAUAAAAUUUUAUGGAUAUCAAUAUAAAGCACUUGCUAUAAUGUUACUGAGUUUUGAAAAUAUUCUCUUGUUAGAUAGUGAUAAUAUCCCAGUAUAUCCACCGGAUUAUCUUUUCGAUCUGGAGCCAUUUGUUUCCAGAGGACUUAUAGUAUGGCCAGAUUUCUGGAAAAGAGCCACAUCACCAGAUUAUUAUAGAAUUGCAGGAAUCAAGGUUGAUGAUAAACAAUUAUUACCCAAAUAUAAUGAAAAAACAGGUCAAUAUGAACAGAUUGAACAAGAUAAACAACUGAAAUUGAAUUUAAAUGAAACUCCAUUACAUCAAAGAAUUGGAGGUAUACCAGAUCCAACGUCUGAAUCAGGACAAUUGAUGAUUUCUAAAAAGACCCAUAUGAAGGCUUUAUUACUUGCCCUUUAUUAUAAUAUGUAUGGUCCCAAUCAUUAUUAUCCAUUAUUUUCUCAAGGAUCUGAUGGAGAAGGUGAUAAGGAAACGUUUUUAGCUGCUACAGUGGCAUUGAAAAGACCAUUUUAUCAAGUAUCCAAAUUUCUUAAUGCAUUUGGAUAUUUCAAUACUAAAUCUGAAUUCAUUGGUACUGGGAUGGGACAAUAUGAUCCAGCAGAAGAUUAUACUGUGAAUAUGAAAAGAAACAAUUUAAAGGGGAAAUCAGAAGUUGAAAUAUCCAAAAUUUUGGAAAAGGAUUCAUUACUUCUGAAGGGACCUAGAAUUUUAUUUGUACAUGCCAAUUUCCCUAAAUUAAACCCUUGGUUAUUGAAGAAAGAGAGGAAGAUCAUCAAUGAAGAUGAUGAAAGAUUAAGACUUUAUGGUACGGGGAUGAAAUUGCGUACUGGCUACGAUUUUGAAACUGUACAAUGGUCAAACAUGAAGUUUCUUUUAUGUGAACUUAAAAUAGAUUUAAAGGCAUAUCAAGAGGUUGAUAGAGAUGAGCUUUGUGCAGAGAUUAAUGACCAUCUCAAGUUUUUAAAGUCUACCAUUGAUACAUUAGAAUGAUAUAGAUACUAGUAAAUAGAUCAAGAAUAAUAACAAGAAAUAG